AUGGUGAAGAAAGCUCCUGAAGAUCCAGAGAUCGGUGUGUUUGGAGCUGAGAGGUACUUCAAUGGCGACAUGGAUUCGGACCAGAGUUCUAGUGUUUUGUCUCUGACAAACCCAGAAGUUGAGAGAUUCAUUGUUGAUACGAAGGAGAGCGCAAAGAAGUCCACUGGAACGCCGAGUGUCCGCUCUGAAUCAAGCUGGAAUAGUCAGAGCAUAUUGCUUCAGAACAAGUUGGUGAAUAGCAGUAACACUUCCUUGGAGGAGAUGAAGAAGAAUACUGGUCAGAUUUCAAAGAUGGACAACAAUAAGAAGAGUUUUCUCUCGAAUUUGGGGUGUAAAUGCGUGUGCUCUGAUGGGAAUUCAGUAGAUGUCGACGAUAAGAUCUCGGUUAAGAGAAGCUCUGAUCCAAAUAUCUCUGUUUUCACAGCGAGGAAGAUCGAAAAUCAGAUGAAUUCUUGUGUGAAUCUGAACACAGAACUGAUCAAAAUUCAGAAGCAAGAAGAGUUAGUGCAGAGGAAGUCUCUUGAAGUGUUUGGAUCUCCUGUGAAUAUCGAGAAGAAGAGGAUUGUUGGUCAGAAGAAACUCAGCGUGCUUCCAUGGGAAUCAAAAACAGAGGAGGACGACACAAAGAGUGAAGGGAGUGAUUCAAGCUCGGAUCUUUUCGAGAUAGAGAAUCUCACAGGGAAACCAAAAGCUUGUCUCACAAGGCAAGGGAGUGAUCCGGCUUCACCAACAUGUUAUGCUCCAAGUGAAGUAAGCAUAGAGUGGAGCAUAGUGACAGCAAGUGCAGCAGAUUUCUCUGUUAUGUCGGAAUGUGCGACAAGUCCUGUAAGAAGAAACCGAUCUUCUCAGAUUCCUCGGAUCCCUACUAAUACCGCAAAAUCAGCACCGCAGAGACGGAAAUCGAGUAGCAGCGGAAGUGGUGGUCUCUUGUUGAGCUGCAAGAGUCAUAAGUCUGUUAGGGUUUCUGAGGAGUCAGACAGAAGAAGCAGCAUGAACAAGACAUCAACGAGUUAUGUUCCGAGAUUCCCAAUGGAGACUACUAAACCUAAGAGCUUUGAAACACGACGAAGGAUCAGCAACAGCUCGAUUUCUCACUCACAGUCAUCUCUUCUGUAUAGUAAAUAA